CAAAAAUCAUAUGCAUGGGAAAUUUGUAAGAUGGUGAUCAAGAAAGCAAUUUGUUUGUUUGCAAUUUGUGACAUGUUUGAUAAGCAGAGUGUGUUCUAGGUUGGAAGCGUAAGAUGAAUUAUACACAGUUCCUUCCUCUUUUGGAACUAACGUUAUCAGAAACUGUAGAACAGAAGACAAGACUUCGUGAAAAUGUCAAAAUUGUCAACGGCGAUAUCAUCGCCCGAGCAAAGGCAUUGCAUGAUGCUGUGGACUUGGCCUGUGAAAUACUUUUGAAAUUCACGGGGACUACGAUGUGCAAAGAAAUGAAGCGACUUGAUGCUCAUGAGCAGGACCUAAUGAACAUAAUAAACAGAAUCACUGUUGAGGACAGCGAGGAAAACAUUUGCGAAAACCUUUGUGAGACUUCUCAGAAAAACAAACGAAACACGAUCCAUGGCAAAGAUGGCGUCCUUCCUGAAAUUCACAGACUGACGGAGUUUCAGUAUGUCUCGGUUAAUUUUUCCGUGGGACAACUCCUUAACGACGAAUUUAUGAAGAACCUGUGCGGAUCUAUACAAAUGUACCACAUCACACCACCGUCUUCCAUACUAAAGAAUCGACGAAGCACGGUUCCAAACAUUAGACUCUCUCUGGUUGCCGAGUUCCGGUGUGAGGGUCAAAGCCUACCUGCCAACGUCCAUGCUAUUGCUCCAAUCUCGGACACUGAAGCAUGGGUUUGUUGUGGCUGGGGCAGCAAUGAAAUCGAACUAUACGAUACAAGUGGAGAAAAAAAGGUUUCUGUGAAACUUGACAUCAAUGUCAAUGAUAUCGUUCUAACAAAAAAUGGAGAUCUUCUGGUGUCAAGCUACAAUGGACAAACAAUUAAACGAGUGGACCAGAGCCUGAAAGUCACCACUUUUGCCGAGCUUUCAUUCUUUUCUCGCGGAAUGGCUUUGACCGACGAUGGCUGCGUCUACAUUUGUGGAGCAGAAAGAAAUGGAAGUUCCGGUCCAACAACGGGAGAUAACAGACGUAAUGUCAUUGCCAAGUUCUCCAUGGAUGGAACAUUGGUCUCCGAACUAAACAUAUCUCCACACGAUGCCCACAGAAUAACGAUGACUGCAGACAAGAACAUUUGCUUUUCGGACUACGAAAACAGCAACAAACGACAGAUAAUCCUGAUGGAUGAUAACGGUCUGGAGUUAUCCAGGUACGCAGGACCGACCCACCUGGAUCAGGACAGUCCAUUUUACCCUCUCGAUUUAACAUGUGACCAUUACGGACACAUCAUUGUGUCCGAUUGGAACAAUGACUGUGUCCAUUUGCUGAAUAAGAACGUGGGCUUUGUACAAUUCCUCGUGGAAGAAGAAGAGGGAAUGCAGAACCCUAAUUCUCUAGCAAUAGACAGAGAAGGCCGACUAUGGAUGGGGAAUGCCACUGGUUUGAUCCGUGUCUAUAACUACUUCAGCUGGUAGCUGACCAGGUCGGAUAAUACAUGUAUAACAACUGACCAAUAUUAGAACAUUGGAAUUUUCUCUUCGGGAAUUGUUUGAUAUUGAUUUUUUAAAUAUUAAUUAUUAUCAUAUUGUAGAUACAUAUAAAGUAUUUGUUAUUCAUUUCCGGGUUUUAGCACACCAAUAAGAAUUGUUUGUUUGGUUGCAUACUCCAUGGUGUAGAAAUCAAUUAAACCUAACGGUUAAAUGGGUUAUUAAUUUUUUUAAAUUAAACAUAUUUUUCUCCAAGAAGUUAGUUACGGACAUUCUGAAACUUACUUGCACUUUAGUUUUGGCAUAUUGUUUGAACGUGAUAGUGUUCUUCUGAAAGA